AUGCGUCGACAGACUAGGAGUAAACCAGCGGAUGACCUAAAAGCUCUCAAGAGUAAAGGUACCUCUGUGUCUAAUGUUACGGGUGCGGUCCAAUACAUGCGCUCUUCCAACGACCGACCGAACUCUACGCAACAACCCCAGCUACCUUCGUUGGAUGAUCGGGACGAGGAAAGGAUUAUCGCACAAGAUGUCCUGGCUACGUCUUCUAACCUUGAAGCUACUGGCGCCAAACCAUUCACGGAAUCGACACCGCUUGCUCGACCGAGGCGAAAGCCGAAGUUGCCCAAAGUAGCACUUGCUACGGCCAAACCUUCGUCAUCUCUUCCCCCUUCUUCGCCUCUCCCUCCAACAUCUGACGAUCGACCUAUACUUGUCGUGCAGCCCAAGGAACUAGACUGGCUGGAUGAGCAGGAGGAAGAGGACGCUGUCGAUGAUCCCUUCGGUUUCUUGGCCGCGGAAAGGAAGUUGAAGAAGAAACGUGAGCUGAUGGGAGGGCCUCACAAGGCGGCUUCGUGGACGAAGCCUGAGCCACCGGACGGGGUGUACGGGAUGCCGGCGGAGGAGGUUGGAGACGACCUGUACGCGAAUGAAGAGGUGGAAGCAUUUGCUGAGGUUGAUGGGGACCAAGAUGGCGGAGACAUCGAACACUCGACACCGCGUCCUCCAGCUACACCUCAUAAGCGCGCUGUCAAGCGCAGGUCGGUUGACACUCCAUCCAGCUCUGGGCUCCAUACGCCUCAUACCGGUUCCAUGCCAUCCUCCCCGUCUCCUUCGAAGAUGAACAGGUCCGCAGAUCUCAGCAAUCUAAGCCCGAACAUAUCCCUGGCGGGGCGAAAGUCAGCUGGCAAACAGGUACGGAAGAAGUCACGGACUGUGCCUGAACAGCAGGAGUAUGACCAAAUCAUCGAACCGGAGGAGCAUACCAAGCGCCUUGAACGGCUCCUUCCUAAGAGAAACCUUCGGCGAAAUGCGAUCGAGAGUAUUAACAACACACGUGGGGGACGCGGUCGAAUGUCCACGAGACGAGGGAGUGUUCGAACCACAGACACGGAUACGGAGAGUGAGUCUAGAAAGCGAGUAGGCCGUAAGUUGUCUGCCAAGGCUCGUGGUAAGCGGAAGGCAACCCAAACCAAACCGAAGCCCGAGUCUAUUGAUAUGGAGCGAGAUGAUUCGGAGGGACGACAGGUGAGACUGGAUUACUUCAAGAAGCUGGAAGGAUACGAACUACAUAAGGAAAAUGUCUAUGUGGUAUGAACUAUGCGAGGCUACGGUAGGAGGACUGCAAUGGAGCUGUGGACCUUCUGCGCUGGACUGUCUUACUCAGUCGUUUGAUUAUGCAAGACCUGUACAACGGAACGAAACCUGCCCAGUAA